GCAGAAGUAAAGGCUGGGAUAUCUGACAAAAUUAUAGCUUGAUUCUCUUGGAAAUCUCUUUUCUUAACCUUGUUAUCCUAUGUUUCAAUUGUCUUUAACCGACUGUCUGUUUGUUUAGAUUGGAGAGGCAUUUGUGAAAGAUCUUUAGUCCAACUGGAUUGAUGCGAAUGAACUCAGUAUUGAUCUUAAGUCUAGUUUAACAUUGACCCACUAUUCAUUACAGAUUUAAUCUUUCAGAGUGUUUACAGUGAAAGUUAAUAGAAGACAUGACUCGAGCUCCCUUGGGUGGAGUACUUAAUCGAGGCCCCUGGACUGCUGAGGAGGAUCUGCUCUUGAAAAAGUAUAUUGAGACUAAUGGCAUACAACGCUGGAGCACUCUUCCUCAAAAAGCUGGCUUGAUGCGGUGUGGAAAGAGUUGCAGAUUGCGUUGGAUGAAUCAUCUGCGCCCAAAUGUUAAGCGAGGCCAUAUCUCUCCAGAUGAAGAGGAUCUCAUCAUUAGGCUUCAUAAUCUGUUGGGAAACCGAUGGUCGUUGAUUGCAGGGAGAGUGCCAGGUAGGACAGAUAAUGAUGUAAAGAACUACUGGAACACUCAUUUGAGCAAAAAGUUAGCCUGUAAAUCCUUUUCACGGGGUAAGACAGUGACACCGGCUGUUAAGAGCCAGCCAUUAAUCUGUGGGAAUAAUCAGAAAGAUUCUGCAGCUUUACCUGUGGAGUUUAAGAAAGAAUACCCAGAUUCUCAAUUAUCAGAUAACAAUAUGAAAUACAAUGGGAUUGAGCUACAAGAUUCAAGUGUUUUAGAUGAUGGGUAUAAAUUUCACAGAACUGAAGAUCAGUUCUUUAGCACUACAGGAAGUAUAGUGCCGUGGAUUAUUGGGAUCAAUAUGGAAGAAGACAUUUUUCUACCCAUAACUCGGUUUGAACAAAGUAUUGGCUCCACAGAUUUGUUUUCAGAUUCAUUUAUUUCAUCUUGGACUUGCUCUGACAACCUCUAUUGGGAGAAUGGUUUUGCCUGACAGAUGUACAGAUACUGUGAAUUAGUUUGGGGUGUCUAACAUUGUCGGUUAUUUGAAUUCAUUGACUUUUCAAAUCUAUCAGCACAGUUCAACAAAUUUGUUUAUAGUAAGUUCAUCGUUGUUGUUGUUGUUGUGAUAACUGUUCGCCACGUUUAAGUGGUUUGGAAGACCUUCAAAAAGGCUAUAAUUUCUCCUGGUAAUUUCAGAUUGUAUGUUAAUAGAUUCAGUGAUAUAAUAUUCACUUUUUCUGCAUGUAGGGAGUAAGAACAGGCAAGGGAAAAAUCAAUUUGGGUGAGUUCAAGCCAUUUCUUGAAAACCAUCUAUUUGUUGUAAUAGUAUUUCAAGCAGUCCAAUAUUAACU